CGCCCAGUCUCGACCCAGCGUCGUCCCAACAUCCUACCUAUUCUUUUCUUCGACUACCCACCGAUCAGACUUAUCUCUUUCGGAGCUUCCAUUGUCCAGGGUUAUCAUAACGGCAAAAAUAAAGGGCAGGAAAUCAUCCUGUUCUUCCGUUCGGUUUGGUGGUACAGUCCAGUUCAGUCUAGGAAAAGGAACGGCACCCGCCAUCAUUCACAUCUCCAUUGCUCGACCGACGCAACGCAAAGAAGAGAAACGAGAAGGAAAUAGGAGAAAACGGUAAGGACUGGCUGAUUUGGAUCUCCGCUGAGGCCUUUACCGUCUUUUACUCCCGUUCAUCUCUCUUCUUCAUCCGUCCGCUUAUCCUCCCCACCUUCCUCACCGGAAAAGCCCAAUCUCAGCCAUGACCGACCAAUUCAAAGCACGAACGUUGAAACGUAAGAAUGUCAAGGGUCUGGCCUUGAAGCCCACUCCCAAGCCCGUCUCGAAACAAUCGGAAGGCGAUGCCCAAGGAUUUGGAACUCUCAACGGAAGUCGCACGGACACCCUGGAGAUCGGUCUCGAGUUUCGACUAGAUUUACGAAGCGAGGAUUUGAUUCCAUUGAAGGAACUGGGGGCGGGAAAUGGCGGUACGGUUUCCAAGGUCAUGCAUGCUACCACUAAGGUGGUCAUGGCCCGGAAGAUAAUCCGCGUAGAUGCCAAAGAAAACGUACGUAAACAAAUCCUGCGGGAACUCCAGGUCGGGCAUGAUUGCAAUUCCCCGUACAUCGUCACCUUCUACGGAGCGUUCCAGAACGAAGCUAGAGACAUUGUCAUGUGUAUGGAAUACAUGGAUUGUGGCUCUCUCGACCGCAUAUCCAAGGACUUUGGUCCUGUUCGAGUCGACGUGUUAGGAAAGAUCACCGAGUCGGUCCUGGCCGGUCUGGUUUAUCUCUACGAAGUCCACCGCAUCAUGCAUCGAGACAUCAAGCCUUCUAACAUUCUCGUGAAUUCGCGGGGCAACAUCAAACUCUGCGACUUCGGUGUCGCUACGGAGACAGUAAAUUCGAUUGCAGACACCUUCGUCGGCACCUCGACCUACAUGGCCCCGGAGCGUAUCCAAGGCGGGGCUUACACGGUACGAUCGGACGUAUGGAGUGUGGGGUUAACAGUGAUGGAAUUGGCAGUCGGGCGAUUUCCCUUUGACAGCUUAGAUUCCUCUGCGGGUGACCGUGCCAGUGUUGGCCCGAUGGGUAUUCUGGACUUACUCCAGCAGAUUGUCCACGAGCCGGCUCCCAAGCUUCCAAAGAGCGAUGCUUUUCCUCAAAUUCUACAUGACUUUGUGGCGAAAUGUCUUUUGAAGAUACCGGAAGAGCGGCCAACUCCUCGAGAGCUCUAUGACAAAGAUGCUUUCUUACAGGCUGCCAAGCGAACUCCAGUUGACCUCCAAGAAUGGGCGAUCAGUAUGAUGGAGCGACAUAAUCGGAAGUCGUACCUGGCACCCCCGGCUCCCAAGUCUCUCAAGGAAGAUAUGAACGUGCCAUUGAAACUUCCCAUGAACAAAUCACCAUCCAGGGCUCAACAACCCUCGUAUAAACAGUCAGAUUAUACCCCAACAUCGGAAGAAAUUCCAUUGAACGUUGCCGAUGACGUGACCAAGGACAAAGUCAAUUACCGGCAUCACAACGGCCCAUCGAGUGCAUCCUCUUCUUCUCACUUCAGUAGUUCGACCAAGUCUUCAACAAACACAACACCCCUCAGCCUCGAACACCUGUCUCUGGAAUCCGAUGAUCAUGACUACCGGUCCAACCGGCACGCAUCUGCGUCGCGGCCUAGAAUUGGAGACCCAAGCUUUGCGCAGGACGCAUCCCAAGGUCCCAGUUUCGGAAGUCGUUCAUCCCCCAAGAUCCCAUACAAUGGCAGACAGCAGCCCCCAGUGGGUCUGCCGAUGCGUCCGACAGCUCCUCCGGGUCAAGUUUCUUUCCCAACCACAGGGCCACGACUGGGCCAAGCAAAUCGAACGCGAGAUGAGAUAUGACUGUCUCAGGAGGGUAGUUUUUUAAGCUCUUUUCACUUUUACUUCAGGUUUUACUGUCAACAAGUGCCAUUUUGCAGGACUGUCUCCUGGAACUGCAAAAGGGUGCAGUAAAUAGCCAUGACCGUUGGGAGCAUGUGGAUUUGUUAUUACUUUUGCCCCGGAUAGAUAUAAGUUUCCCUUUUCUUCCUACAGUUUGGAGUUCUGGACAUUGGCAAGUAUCUACUAGGACGUUUUAAUUGCUUUAGUUGAGCAUAUCUGUUCUUGUCUAGGCUGCAAUAAGAUCGUCUUAUAUCCCUUUUCAUGUGUAUAUGAAAUGCAAUCCAUCUGCAUCAUGAGGCGGGCGUCAUGUCUUGCCCAUUUAUUUCAUUGCAUCUCCAAUCAUGCUAUCUACAAUAUUCAACAUUUAAUUCAUGGUACGGAAUAAUUAAUUGGACAUUAUACGAAAAAAAAUAUAAUCAUAGAUUAAAGUAUUGACGCAUGAAAGAGAUUACUGUGAUCUGACAGCUCCUUCCUUGAGUAGUCCCCGGUCUCCUCCGCCUCCCAUCUGCCAGAGCCAAACGCCUUCUACAGCCCAUGCCUUGGCGCUGGCGUGCUUUCCAAUGGCGACUCCUCCUUCCUUGGCUGAUGAGUUAUUUUGCAUACUGCCCUUGUCCUUAUCUGUGUCCUUCUCUGCGCCCGUUUUGAUAUGAUAGGGGUUUGACGAUGAGCCCCCAUCAGCCUCGGCCAGCAUGCCAGCGAUGACAGCUUCACGCUCGAUAACGGACCAGAGGCCCUCGACGAGAGUGCUGCCGCGCUCCCCAAAUUGGCCCUUGCCCAGACGGAACAAAAUGCGUCCCAGGACCUGCCAGGCGAUGCAUCGCUGGGCGGGGAAUGAGGAGCGGCUAAGGAUGGCCAGUUCAGGAAUGGUGUAUCCCGCCGCAUGGGGAUCGUCGCCGUGAUGGUGCAGACCCAAGGAGGUUGGGAGGGAGAGGGAUGUCGAUGGAGACAGAAUCGUGCCGAUGAGAGAGAAACGGAUGAAGGCAGGGGCCACGGAGACAGCACUGCUAGCCGGAUGGUAGGCAGAAAGAGAUGACUCGGGGUCUUCCGGGUCUGCACGUGGGGGUUGCAGCCAGGAGAUCAGGGAGGGGUCGUGAGGAAGAUCAGGGAAGUAGUGGGUUUGGAGGUCGGACAGGAAUGAGGGUGACGAGGGGUCCAGGUUAGGCAUGGGGUUCUGUCGUGGAGGGGGGGUCGGGAAGUGAAAGGAAGCAUGAGAGGGGAAUUCCGAAGCCGGGUGGAGGUCUUGGGGAGGAUGAGCUGGAGGGAGGUCUUCGCUAACAGGGUUGAUCUUGGUCGUAGCCGGAUCAGGGAGUGAUUUUGCGACAGGAGUCUCCAGGAUGUCAAACGAGACUGAUUUUUUGGGUACACCUUUCCCUUCUUCCGGUUGUCUCUGUUCUUCCUCCGCAGAUGUCUGCUGAACUGGCCAAUUGUCCUCGUCAUCGUCAUCGAUCCUGGCUCUCCGUAGAAACCGCUGGAGCAAGGACGGGUCAAUGCUUGACAUCAACUCAACACGUUCCUCCUCAAUCUGCGACGGCGACAUGGCCGCCAGUCGCUGUUUAUUCUCCUCGUCUAUGGCUCUUUUCUCAUCCUCGAGGGUUGCUGGUUGGAGACUGGUGGAUGGUGCGGGGGAGGUAGGCGCAGCAGGUGUGGACGGUGCAGCAGACUGUUUUUGAAAUCUCUGCUGUUUGAAUGCAGACUGACGAAUGCGCUGUUUGUGCUGGGGAAACCCAGUUGUGCCGGACGGUGGUUUGGGAGGGGCAGGAGCAGUAGCGGGGUGGCGUUCGCGGAUCUCGCCAAUGAGGCCGAGAGAGGGCGAAGCUAUGGAAGACAGGGAAGGAUCGGGGACAGUAGGAUGGGACAAGUCGGGAGUAGGGUCAUCGAGGUCGAGGACGAAACGCUCGCCCGCGAACAUGGUGGUGAUGAUGG